AUGGCGCAGCAGUCACCAUCCUCGCCUCACCUCAGGCACCAAUCUUCGCUAGAGAGCAUCAUUGAAUUCCAAACCGAGUCGCCUUUAAGCCCAGGCGCGCGCGACUGGGCCAGGCGUAGAUUCUACUGUCUCACGGACCACUUUGAGGCGGCCGCUAAGAAUGGGGACAGUGGCAGUGACAACGGUGGUAACAUCGGCGGCGGCGGCGGCGGCAGCAGUAGCUCCCAAUACAAUCGCUCGCGGCUUAUUCGCCUUACGUACGACCAUGCUCGCUCGCCUCUCUCGCAGGAUAACUUCCUACGAGCUUUCUUUGGCUCGCUCGAAUUGUCUAUAGACGGCGACGAAGCCCUAGACGAGCAGAUUGGGGCGAAGUUUUUUGGCUUCGCAGAUUACCUCUUCAAUAACUUCUUCCUACCCCUCAAAGCCUCUGCCAGAAAGACCCCCCAGCCCUCGCCGGCAUACCAUUCUGCUAUUCAACGAUUACAGGGAGGGGAGGGAUUUGUAGGGACCCCAGAAAGAAUAUCGGCCUUACGUGGUGCCUGCCUCAUCCGCGACCGUCAUCGUUGUGUUAUAACACGGAGAUUCGACUAUAGCGAAGCACUAAAACGCUUUGAGAGUACUAGCAGUGACCCCCGAGAUGAUGAUGGCAACUCGCUCAACGAGGAGCAGCCCGGGACGCUUGAGCCCUUGGAAGUCGCCCAUAUUCUACCGCACUCUUUGACAAGGCUCGGAAGUGGCGAAGAACUGACCCCCUCCAAGCAAGCGGCCUUGGCUAUUCUCAAUAUGUUCGACCAUGGAGUCGGGCACUUGAUCGAAGGCGUCGAUAUUGAUCGGCCACGCAACGCCUUGACCCUCACCCAAAACAUGCACAACUUGUUUGGCAACUUUCAUAUCUAUUUCGAGCCCGUGAUAGACGCGGAACCUCACACCUAUCGGAUCGAAUCAUUUCUCGCUCCCCCUUUCGUAGGGGGGCUUCUUCCCGUGACCCGCACGCUCUUCCUGACGGACAGCCACACAAUUGAUCCACCCUCGCCACGGCUUCUAGCUAUCCACCGUGCCAUUGCACGCAUCCUCCACCUGUCAGCAGCAGGUGCCUACAUCGACAAGAUCCUCAGAGACAUGGAAGACGCCGGGGAACAGGGGGCCCAGGCGGACGGCUCGACAGAUCUGGGCCGUCUCGUCCACCUUGGCCUGUGGCUGAACGGUGUUGAUGCCUACGCCUACUAA